AUGUGCUUGUGCUAUCUCUUAGACCGCAUCGUCGUCCUCCCAUCCACGUUACCUCCCACCCUUCUUCUCCCGAUUUGGAAUAAGGAGCAUCCCAUUUUGACGUUUCACAACUGGUUGUCUUCCGAAGAAACGCAGAGUAGCUGUUCUGCAACGGCCCACCCUCUCUGGAAGCCAUCGUUCGUUAACACGGCGGCAACCCAUCGCAGUUUCAAAACACGACUUCCGGCCUACUCUACACCACAAACACAUACAGAUAAACUUGCCGUUUCACCUUUACCCCAGAUUGGCUGCAGCGUUAUAGCACAGCCUUCUCGAAGCAUUUGGAAUUUGCAGCCUCUCGAUCCCGCAGAGGGCUCUCCCUUCUUCGUAGUAUUGCCUGGCACUGAACUUGUCAAGGCCCGGAGCGGCAACAAUCGGAGCGGCUAG